CUUGUGAAAACCAUUGAAAUGAACUUAUCACAGGAAAAUGGAGUAAAAUCAAAUGUAUGGAUGUACAUGUCCUCAUGGGACUUCCGUAGGAUUAUAUGGAAAAUAACUUAAUAUACAGCAAGCCUAUAGAAGAGUAGCCCAAUGUAAACUAGUAGUUUUGAAAAUCUGAAACAUACAUUUAUUGAAGCAACAUGAAAUCCCACCAGAAAUACAAGAACUAAUGUUUAGUCUACAUACUGAAAAAUUAUCAGAUAAAUAAUUAUUACAAAAGUCAUUCAUUAGUUUGAAAAAAAUCUUAAAUAUAAAGUGAAGUGUUUUUUGUUGUUGUUUUUUUUGUUACUAAUUUCUAGUGGUCAUCAAUGUUUAGUUAACUUGAUAUAGGCAAACACCUUUCAGGUACAUUUUAAAAUGAAUAAUGUUAUAGGGGUACAAGCGCAGGGUGUUGGCAGAUGUUUUGUGGCCUUUUCUCCAACAUUGUAGACACACCCAUAGACUGCCCUGGGCGACCAGAAGGCAUGACUAACAAUGUGUGUGUGUGUUGGGGGUGUAACUGGCGACCCUGCAGAGUAGGCUACUCGAGACGUCCGCUGGUCCCAGAGGAGGAAUUUGAGUUUCACCAAACUUUUCACUGCGGGAGAAACUAAAGCGACUCUGCAGAAGAAGAAAAAACUCACUUUGUCACAUGAAAGGACGAGGAGAGGACCUAACCCGAGUAUCGAGCGGACCCCAACAUCCUGACCUCAGACUUGUGUAGUCGGUGGGUAUGGCUGUGCGGUCAAGGACGGGUUACUACCGUCAGGAGGUAAACAGAACCGCGUGGGAGGUUCCGGAGAGGUACCGGGAGCUGAAACAGGUCGGGACAGGAGCCUAUGGGACUGUGUGUUCAGCAUGGGACCGCAGAUCAGGCACACAAGUGGCCAUCAAGAAACUUCACCGGCCGUUCCAGUCCAAACUUUUUGCCAAAAGGGCUUACAGAGAGCUGCGACUCCUCAAACACAUGAAGCAUGAAAAUGUAAUUGGGCUGCUAGAUGUUUUCACAGCCGAAAUCUCAUUAGACCGCUUACGUGAUUUUUACCUGGUGAUGCCAUUCAUGGGCACUGACCUCGGCAAGCUGAUGAAGCUGGAGAGACUGACAGAAGACAGAGUACAGUUCCUCGUGUACCAGAUGCUCAGAGGACUCAAGUACAUCCACUCCGCCGGGAUCAUCCACAGGGACCUUAAACCAGGAAAUUUAGCCAUUAACCCCGACUGUGAGCUAAAGAUUCUCGACUUUGGCCUGGCGAGGCAGGCUGACGCAGAGAUGACCGGCUAUGUUGUGACACGCUGGUACAGAGCGCCCGAGGUUAUUCUCAACUGGAUGCAUUAUACACAAACAGUGGAUAUCUGGUCGGCUGGUUGUAUCAUGGCGGAGAUGCUUCUUGGAAAGCCGCUGUUUAAAGGAAAUGAUCACCUCGACCAGCUCAGAGAAAUCAUGAAGAUCACAGGAACCCCAACCCCUGACUUUGUUGUCAAGCUACAGAGUCAAGAUGCCAAAAAUUACAUCAGAGGUCUUGCAAAAGUUCCAAAAAAAGACUUGCACUCGAUGUUCUCCAAAGCUAGCCCAAAGGCUGUGUGUGUCUUGGAGAAGAUGCUGCUUCUGGACCCUGUGCAGAUGAGCGCCUCAGAGGCACUCGAGCUGCCUUUCUUCAGUGAGUUCAGAGACACUGAGGAGGAGACUGAGGCGCUGCCGUAUGAUCAGACCAUGGACAACACAGACCUCCCGCUGGACCAGUGGAAACGUCACACUUUCACAGAGAUACUGACCUUCAGGCCCCCCAGGGACUCCAGAGAGACGUCACUUUAACCACUACACACUCACUCACACAUACACACCAGAGCCAAAAACAUAUCCUCUGUUAUUAACUAUUCUCGUUUUGUAUAUGUUUAGAAAUAAUAGAAAUUGUUAGUUUGUUUAAGUUUUUGUUUUCAAUAAAUGUGAUUUUCUCAAAUAAGA